AUGGCAUUUGGAAAAGUACCAGGAGAAGUGGCUGGUGUCAAAGAGGAACACAGGACUCCAACCUCCUCCAGCAUCAUGCUACAACAAAAACAGUUCCAGUGCACCAUCUGUCAGGAAGUGCUCACCGACCCGGUGACCACUCCCUGCGGACACAACUUCUGCCGGGCCUGCAUCCAGAGCUUCUGGAACAGCAGCAACGUCUGCCGCUGCCCCACCUGCGACAAGACUUUCACCUCCAGACCAGAAAUCAGCAUCAACGCUGCCUUCAAGGAGCUGGCGGACGCGUUCAGACAAACCGUCGUCCCCUCCUCCGCCUCGCUGCUGUCUGCAGCCGACGCGGGCGAUGUCGUGUGCGACGUGUGCGCCACGGCGUCGCAGCGCGUGAAGGCCCUGAAGUCCUGCCUGGUGUGUCUGACGUCGUACUGCGAGGCCCACCUGGAGCCCCACAGGAGGGUGGCCACCCUGAAGCUGCACAAGCAGAUGGAGCCGGUGAAGAACCUGCAGGACAGGAUGUGCAAGAAGCACGAGAGGCUCCUGGAGAUGUUCUGCAGGGUCGAACAGGCGUGCGUGUGCCAGUUCUGCACCGAGACGGAGCACAAAGGUCACCAGGUCGUCACCAUCGAGGAGGAGGGUGGAGAGAGGAAGGUCCAAGUGAAGCAGACUGAGGCAGAUUUUCAAAACCUGGCUGAGGAGCGACAGAAGAAAGUGGAGGAGAUCAGAAACUGUCUGAAGCUCAGCAAACUGAGCGCAGAGAAGGAGAAGACAACCAGCAACCGUCUCUUUGCGUCUCUGAUCCACUCCGUCUCAGAGAGACAGGCUGAGGUCAACACAGCGAUCGAGGAGAAGCAGAGAGCAGAAGAGGUGAGAGCCGAGGAGCUGAUCAGAGAGCUGCAGCUGGAGACCACCGAGCUGCAGAGGAGAAGGACCGAGCUGAAGGAGCUGGAGACCUCCGAGGACCACUUGCACCUCCUCCAGAGACUGCCCUCGCUCAUCUCACCGCCUCCCACCCGAGAAUGGACAGAAAUCAGCAUCUACCCGGAGCUCUGUGUGGGGACAGUGAGGACAGCAAUGUCCAAACUGCACUGUACAGUACAGACUGAGCUGGACAAUUUGAGGAAAGAAGAGAUAAGGAGGAUGCAGAAAUACGCAGUGGACGUGGUUCUGGAUCCAGAUACGGCCCAUCCGAACAUUGUCCUGUCAGCUGAUGGGAAGCAAGCGGGUCGAGGGGAGCUGCUGAACCUUGUUCCUGACAACCCCAAACGCUUCGACCCCGUCAUCUGCGUUCUGGGCAAGAAGAGCUACCGGUUUGGGAGGUUCUACUUUCAGGUUGGAGUUGGGAACAAGACCUUCUGGGACCUGGGCGUGGUCAAAGAGUCAGUCACCAGGAAGGGCAUGAUCACCUCCACGCCAGAGCACGGCUUCUGGACGGUGCGUUUGAGGAACGGCAGCGAGUAUCGAGCUCUGGACUCGCCCUCCGUAUUUCUUCCUCUUCGGACAAAGCCAAAGAUUGUGGGGGUGUUUGUGGACUACGAGGAAGGAACGGUUUCGUUCUUCGAUGUGGGGACUGGAUCUCACAUCUACACUUUUACACGGUGUUUGUUCUCUGAGAGGAUUUUCCCCUUCUUCUGUCCAGGAGUUUUGGAUGAAGGGAAGAACACUGACCCACUGGUUAUUAAAGACGUCAAUUAGAAAACCUGAGUAGCUUUUAACUGGGAUUUCAAACAGAGAGCAGGUUUUAAAGAUAAUGACAUGUAUUUAUGUGCAACAAAUGACAAUUAAAAAUAUCUAGUAUAGAGGGUGGGUCAAAAGACUUUUAUUUCGAAAGGAAAAGGGGAAAUUAAAUAUCUGAAAACUCCGGCAUGUAAAAGUGAGGCGGUCUAUCUUUUUAGACCAGAAGUGUCAAACUCAUUUUCACUGAGGGCCCUGUACAUGAGCAUUAUGGUGACCCUCAAAUGUCCUGCUGUAAUUAACUUAAACUAAACACAAAAACUUCCUGUUCCUCGUCUCGUUUCUC